UCAAGCCUCCAUAGGCCGCAUGGUCGCUACGAUACCCUGAGUAAGACCCAGAUUGUCUUUUUGCACAUCGUUGUGUCAUAUAUACAUGUCCCCCCCCCCCACUCACACCCUCCGUGUGUGUUUUUUGCUGGUUUCUCUUUUCGUUUUUUUUUGCACUUUAUUUUAAUGUGA